UACUUGAAAAAGUGAAUGAUCCACAUGAUUUAGGAAUGUUAAUCCGCACAGCCAAAGCUUUAGGAUGGAAUGGGAUAUAUUUGACCAACAAAAGUGGAGAUGUUUAUAAUAGUUUUGCACAAAUAGUUUCAAAGUUUCAUUCAUUGACUUGGCCAUAUAUAUAUGGGUCUUCUGAUGAAUUGCGCGAAUUUUUAUGUGAAAAUGAGUUGAAAUUGCUUGUUGCAGAACCACCAGGACCGAAUCUUCAAACAGUUUCACAGGUUUUUUGUAAAUCUGAUAAUAGAAUCUUUUCAAGCACAGAAAAGUCGGAGAAAAAUGAUGAUAUAAUAAAAACAUCUUUAGUUUUUUGGAAUGGUAAAUCGUCUGAUUCAUCAGAAUUGAAAUUAGCAUCAAAAAUUGCACUUUUUCUAAGCAGAGAUCUUAAAUCAGGAAAGAGAGAUAAUGAAUGUGCAAUAUCAAUUGAAAAUGAAAUGAGAGUUGGAAUAAAUGCUCCGUUUAUUGAUGUUCCAUCCGCCGGAAGCAUAAUAAUGUGGGAGCUUAAUCGAAUAACUACGAACUUUAAAAGUAUAUAG